AUAAAAAUCAUGGCCGCAAGCUACACUUCAUACCAGUAUUAGCGGCAUUAGCGAUCAAGAAGCAUCGUACUCGUGCAUCAUGCAACGUUUCGGGAGUAGAAUGGUUAAGACCGUUGACCUAGUGGCGGUCUUGUAUGUGUGCCUUGGUGCCACGUUCUUCGUGAGUGCCCAGAGUGGAGUGAUGAUUCCGAACCAUCCAAACUGCACGGAUCCGGACGGAUGGUAUCCGAUCUAUUUCGUUCAUCCAACUAACUGUAGCAAAUACUUCGAGUGUCGCCGGCGAGAUGCAUACGAGUUUGAUUGUCCAGCUGGGUUGCACUUUAACAGCAAGAUCAAUGUUUGCGAUUAUCCAGUCAAUGCUCAGUGUAGCCCAGGAACGACAGGGCCUCCGACAUCGCCUACAGACACCCCAAACCCAGGAUCGACUCCAGACCCUAAUCCAGGGACAACUCCGGACCCGAAUCCAGGAACAACCCAGGGCCCCAAUCCAGGAACAACCCAGAGCCCGCCUUCCGGCACCACGGAGGACCCUAAUCCAGGAACAACUCAAAAUCCAAACCCAGGAACAACUCAGAACCCAAAUCCAGGCACAACUCAGAACCCAAACCCAGGCACAACGCAGAACCCCAAUCCAGGCACAACUCAGAACCCAAAUCCAGGCACUACUCAAAACCCAAAUCCAGGCACAACUCAGAACCCAAACCCAGGCACUACUCAGAACCCCAAUCCAGGCACUACUCAGAACCCCAAUCCGGGCACAACUCAAGGCACAACUCAAAAUCCAAAUCCAGGAACAACUGAGAACCCGAAGCCUCCGGUCGACCCUCACUGUCCGCCGAGCGGUGUAUCGAAGCCCAACUACUGGCCAAAUCCAAUGGACUGCUCCAAAUAUUUUGGAUGUGUGGACGGUUGCGUACAAGAGUUCAAGUGUCCCGACAAUCUAUACUGGCAUGAUAGGCUUAAACGGUGUGACUACCACUGGAAUUGUGAGUGCCAGUGCCCCGUCAUACCAGCGGCACCAAGUGUCAUAAACGAUUGGGUCACAACUGUGACUCCAUCGCGGUAGUCAUAGAUAAUCGCCACCCGACAUAACGAUAGUUUGUAGUGACAAAUCGAUACAGGAAAUAGAAAUGUACGGUGUUCCAAAGUUCAA